AUGCCUGAACCACGUUCUACUGAUGUACAAGAAGCUGAACUUAUUCAACAUGUUUUUUAUGGCAAUUUGAAUAAUUUACCUAAUCUAGCUUCAAAAAUUGUACGUAUUUUCACCUCAUCAACAUUUACAGAUACAAGUAUGGAACGUAAUUCACUUAUGCAACAUACAUAUCCAAAACUUAAAGAAUAUUGUCGAGAAAAACAUGGUCUAGAAUUUCAAGUAGUUGAUAUGCGUUGGGGUGUACGUGAUGAAGCAACAGAUGAUCAUAAAACAACUGAAUUAUGUAUGCAAGAAAUUGAUAAUUGUCAACGAGUUUCAGUUGGACCAAAUUUUGUGGUAUUUCUUGGUCAAAAGUAUGGUUAUCGUCCUUUACCCACGAAAAUUGAAGAAGCUGAAUUUCGUAUGAUUUUAUCUGUAUCAAGUUCUGAAGAUGCUCGAUUACUUAAUCAAUGGUAUAAACUUGAUUCAAAUAAUAUUCCAAGCUUAUUUUGUUUGCAACCAGUUAGUUCAAUUUUUAUUAAUUUUACUAAUAAAGCUCAUCCUCGUCUUAUGGAAGAAGAUCAAAGUCAAUGGUGGGAAACUAUGGGUAAACUUAAUCGAGCAGUACGUAUUGCUGCUUUAGAACUUUUAAAUCAAGCUAAAUUUACAGCACAAGAUAAUCAUCGAUAUAAUUGGUCAGUUACUGAACAAGAAGUUGUUCGAGGAAUAUUAAAUGCUAAAGAUAGAAUCGACCAUACAUUAGCGUUUUUUCGUCAUAUUGAAAAUAUUAAUAUUAGUUUAUUACGGCAUUCAAUGAAAUUUAUUGAUAUUGCAUCAAAAAAAAUUGAUGAAGAAGCCCAACGUAUGUUAUCUGAUUUACGUGAUGUUCGUGUACCAGCAACAUUACCUGAAUCAAGCAUAAUUCGAUAUACAGUUGAAUGGUCAGAUGAAGAUGGUUUAAAUAAAACUGUUCAUGCCGAAUAUUUACAAAAUUUUAUUGAUAAAUUUUAUCAACGAAUUGUAGAUUUAAUUGAUUGUGGCGUUGGACAACAAAAAAGUUUAGCAACUAAUCGGUAUCAAUUAAAAUUUUGUUAUCAAAUAUUAAUCUUAUAG